AUGAGGCUUUUUUCGGUAUUCUCGUUAUUCACACAAACAUUGGCCCUUUCUAUAGUUAAUAGAGAUGGAAAGGGUUCAGCCUGGGAUUAUGAAAACAAGAAGAUUCAUGGUGUCAACUUGGGCGGCUGGUUUUUGCUUGAACCUUACAUAACGCCAUCUUUGUUCAAGGCUUUUGAGCCUGAAGAGAUACCUGUUGAUGACUACCAUUACCACAAGACACUUGGCAAAGAGGAGGCCAAAAGAAGAUUGGAACACCACUGGGAUACUUGGUACACCGAAGAAGAGUUCAAGAAGAUGGCCGACGCUGGUAUCAAUACCGUGAGGAUCCCCAUUGGAUACUGGGCAUACGGGCUUUUACCUGAUGACCCAUACGUCCAAGGGCAAGACUUCUACUUGGAGAGAGCGCUUGGAUGGGCCCGUAAGUACGGAAUUGUUGCCUGGAUUGAUUUGCACGGUGCUCCGGGCUCGCAGAAUGGAGGAACCAGUUCUGGUUUGAGAGGCUCGUUCAACUCUUUGGAGGAAUUGCACGAGUCAAUUGGUUACCAGUCAGACGAGAACAUUUCCCUUACACUUACUGUUCUCCAAAAGAUAUUCAACAAGUACGGUGCUCCUGAGUUUGAAGAUGUCGUCAGUGGGAUUGGUUUCUUGAACGAGCCUCUUGGCCUUGCUUCCAACAUGGACUUGCUCAAGGACUUCUAUAAGUGGGCUUAUGGAAACAUGCGGUCUGUUUCCAGCAACAAUGUCAUCAUAAGCGAUGCUUUUAUUGAAGAAGAUGGCUACUGGGAUGAUUUCAUGACCGUGGACCAAGGGUACUGGAAAGUCGUGUUGGACCACCACCACUACCAAUGGCAUACACCAGAGGAGCUCAACAUGAACGUUGAUGAGCAUGUUCGUACCGCUUGCAACUUUGGUAUAAAACACACAAGAGAGUACCAUUGGAACGUUAUUGGCGAAUGGUCUGCUGCCAUGACUGACUGUACUCCAUGGUUAAAUGGUGUGGGAAGAGGCGCACGUUACACCGGUGAUUACCAGAACUCUCCUCCAUUUGGAUCUUGUGAACCAUACCAAAGCCUCGAAAAUUGGACAGAAGAGUACAAGAAAGAUGUCAGGAAGUUCAUCGAGGGCCAAAUGGAUGCAUACUCGACCGCCAGUGGCUGGAUUUUCUGGAACUGGAAGUGUGAAGACGCCGCUGAAUGGGAUAUGUCGAAGUUGAUUGAGCUUGGAUUGUUUCCCCAGCCUUUCGACGACAGACAAUACCCAGACCAGUGUGGAUAUUGA